CCUUUUCUCUCACUGUCAGGGGAGGAGCCCAUCUUGGCAUUCUCAUUGGUUUGUGGAUUCACCUCCCUUGGGCUGGGCUCAAAGCUCAGCCAUUCCCAUAACUACACCUGGCUUGCUCUCCAAGCAGUUUGCUCCGAGCUCCAGGACCCAGGGAAGCCCAGAACCUUCCAGUCAGGCACUACAAGCACAAUGGUGCCUGUCCUGCUGUUCCUGCUGCUCCUUCUGGGUCCUGCUGUCCCCCGGGAGACCCACACUGGGCCUUACUCUCUGAGCUUCCUCUACACGGGUCUGUCCAGGCCCAGUGAGGGCUUCCACAGCUUCCAGGCCAUUGCCUACCUCAAUGACCAGCCCUUCUUCCGCUAUGAUAGUGAGGGCAGGAAGGCUGAGCCCCUGGGCCCGUGGAGCCACGUGGAAGGAAUGGAGGACUGGGAGAAGGAGAGUGAACUUCAGAAGGCCAGGGAGGACAUCUUCAUGGUGACCCUGAAAGACAUCAUGGACUAUUACAAGGACAGAGAAGGCUCUCACACCUUGCAGGGGCUGUUUGGUUGUGAGCUCCGGAAUAACAAAAGCAGUGGAGCCUUCUGGAGGUACGCCUAUGAUGGACAGGACUUCAUCAAGUUCGACAAAGAAAUCCCAGCCUGGGUCCCCCUGGACCCAGCAGCUCAGAACACCAAGCAGAAGUGGGAGGCAGAAGAAGUCUAUGUGCAGCGGGCCAAGGCCUACCUGGAAGAGGAGUGCCCAGGGAUGCUGCAGAGGUACCUGCCAUACAGCAGGAGCCACCUGGACCGACAAGAUCCUCCCUCUGUGUCAGUCACCAGCCACGUAGCCCCAGGAAAAAACUGGACGCUCAAGUGCCUGGCCUAUGACUUCUACCCACGAGGAAUUGGUCUGCGCUGGACCCGGGCUGGCGAUGCGCGGGAGACUGAGUCAGGGGGAGACGUUCUCCCCAGUGGAAUCGGCACUUACCAGACGUGGGUGGCGGUGGGAGUCCCCCCUCAGGACAGAGGCCCCUACUCCUGCCACGUGGAGCACAGCAGCCUGGCCCAGCCCCUCACCGUGCUGUGGGGCAAGAGGCAGGAAGCGAAGGCCGAAGGUGACUUGGGGACGCGACCCCAGUAGUCACCAUUUCUGCGGGACACAAGAGACUAAACUCUAGAAAUCACUGUCAGCGUCAUCAGCGCGGCCCAGGGAACAGUGCCAGGGGGCAGGCGGUGGAUCCGGAGAUGGAAGACUUGAAUGCCAAACUGCCUAGCAAAACCCCAUUAUCUAACCUGUAAAAUCAAAUCAACAAUAAUCACUGCUUAGCACACAGUAGAGAAAGGUAUUUUUAAACUGUGACAUGCUGUAGAAAUGUGAGUAGAUUUUAUCAUUCGUCCUGUCCCCCUAAGUAUUUGAUUCAUCUGAAAUUCUUGGUAUCCACUUGAAGCAAUGUUUACUGAGCAUCUUGGCCCGGAAUAUCCACCAGCACGUGGCAGGGGCCACCUGGGCCAUUGGGCGUUGCUCAGGAGUCUGCUGCUGAUGUCCCCUCUGGUUGUGAGGUUGUAGCCUCUUUAACACAAACCCAAGCCUCUUCUGUACCUUGGUUUCCCCAGCACUCCCUCGCUCCCUGUGGGACAUUGCCCUCCACUCCAGCUACUCCACCCUUCCCACACCAUCUGGCCUUGGGGCCACGCACCCGCUCAUUUGAGAGGCUUCAUCUCACCAGGACACACACCUAGGGAAGCAGGAACCUGAUGUUCUUGGACUCUCUCCAAUUUCAUUUGAGUGUGUUUUUUUAACUGAGAUUUAAACCCCAAAGACAGAGCAGAACUCUCACACCUGACCUUUUCAUUAAGCUCUCCUGCCUGCAACUGUUUUUUCCUUCCUGCAAGACAAGACCUUCCUUCAAGGACAUCCGUCCUCAGCCUCCCACUCCGGAUUACUCCGGAGUCAAGCGUCCAAGCUGAGCUCCUUAAGGAAAUCAUUCCCAGCCUUCAGAAUUCUGAGCCGACUCUUAUCUUUCUUGAUAGCGUGAAUUUGAAGGCUAUACUUUUUUUAUUAUUAUUAAUUUGA